GUUGCGCUUUUUCUUUCUUCUCCUUUCUUUUAGUUUGCCCCAAUUCCUUUCAGCCCUGCUGUACACCAUAAAGCAUAAGCAAUCCCUUGAUCUUGCACAAGCCACUCACCCACCGCUGUUUUCAAUUUUGCAACCAUCACCACCUUAUCGUUCCAGCAUGAACAGUGCUGGUGAGCAAGACACCUACCACAGCCAGUCACCCAAGACGAGCCCUGCAAUCAGCAUGUUGGACGGCCGCGCAGACUCAGGCGGCGAGCCUUCCACACCGUCGCCGCAUCACAUAAUCAUUCCCUCCGGUCCCGCGCUACAUUCACCGUCAGUCAGUGAAUCGACAACGCCCAGCUGCUCAGUAGCAUCUCUUUACCGGCCGGCAAGCGGAUCUGGCCAAUCUAGUUACAACGAAAUCAGACAAACGCCUCAUAGUAGUGGUAUGAGUUUGGUUGCGCCCGUCGUGGAUAGUAGAAACGAGCAACUCGUUGAAGGGGUUAUAGACGACAACCACCACGACCAGGCCUCAGUUGGCCCUCCAUCCGACACUGAUGCCCUGGAAGGGGAAUCUUCCAAUGCGACCCCUCAGACGCACAACAACAUAGUAAUUUAUAUCGACGUUCUCAAUAAUGAUGGGUCCGACAUAAACCGCUUCCGGCUGAUGAUAGACUCCAGGAAUCUUCAUCAAAACCUCAUUAGCAACGAGGCCCUGGAUUUUCUUGAUAUCCCUCAUAAGUUCCGCAAGCGUUCCAUGCCAGAGCGAGGUCUUAGCCGUUUCCGAGUGAGGAGACAAUGUGGCAAUAGUCUGUCUAAGACUGUAAGAAAUAUGGAGAGGAUCCGCAAUGUGGACGGGACUCUUUUCGGCGGGCAGGAUGGUAGCACUGCCAAUAUUGAGUGGUUUGACCGCAACCUAAAAUUUUUCCCUCCGAAACGCAUUCAUACCAAGGACCACCUUAUCGUGGAUGCAAAGCACUGCCAGGCAGACGUUGUGCUUUGUUGGGAGGACUUCACACGCCUCAGGCCUAAACAGCGGUUCACCAAUACCCUCGACGCUAACCCCCCGACUCCCGAUCCCGAAUGGGAUGUAGAACAAGCAAUUUCGAAGGCUAUAGAAAGUGUACAGAUACCAAAGGUGCCUGAUAUAGAAUCUGAGCAGUACGGCAACUACAAUGAGCGGAAGAUAAGAAAGGAGACAGAAAGGGCCCUGAAACGCAAAGUCAGCCUAGAAUCUCUUGCUAGCUUUGUGGUAAAUUUUAUUGCUCAACCUCCAGUAUCCGACACCGAUUUGAAGCAGUACGCAAACUAUCACGAGCGGAAGGCGAAAAAUGGAGUAGAGGGAGUCCUAAAACGCAGGGUUAGCCUUGAAUCUCUUGCUAGCCUUGUGGUAAAUUUUGUUGUUCCACCUCCGACUCUUGAUAGCGAUCCUAAGAAAUAUGAAAAAUAUACAGAACGGAAGGCGAAAAAAGGCGUCGAGAGAGCUCAGACACACAAGAACAAAUAGUCAAGGAUUGGGAAAUUAGUCCAAGACACCCGUAAUGGGCAUUUCGCUUUGUAUUCGUUUACGCUUGAGCCCUUGGUAAAUUUGUGAAGGGCUUAACUAAGGUGACGGAUUGUAAUAACACCCGCC